AAUAUAUGGUAUGUGUUUUGAGCGAAGAGAAGGCACAGAUGUUCGCGUCUCCUGCUGACAUAUUUGAGCUACAAAAUACAGUGUAUGCAGCGUAAUUUUAAUUAAGAAGUGACUGUGCGUUGUUAGCUGUCGUCUGUUUUAAUAAGAAACGCUACAAACCGAUAAUUUAACUAUUUAUUCUCUGUGGUAUAUUUGCACUUAAAAUAAGCUACGUUGCUAACGUAGCUUCAAACGGAAAGAAUUAACGGUUACACUUUAACUAAAAUUGUUAAAUAAACCAUCUUAUAUGAUGAAAUGACUAUGCUUUUAAAUGUUGUAAUGGAUAAUACUAGUUUUAACACUUCCUAUCUGGCUCGGUAAGUCAGGAAAUUUAUAGGCUAUCCUUUGUUUCCAAUCGCAACGCUGUAUUGAUUGGUUGUCAGGAUAGACAGGAAGCGGCAGGGGGGGGAGAAAUGGAUGAAAGUGCCGAAAAUGUUGACAACGACGAUAUCGUCAUUAUCGUGGAAAACGAGGCGGAAAGUUUGCCAGCCGAGGAAGAGAGGCUGAAACAGCAAGGCAACUUCGGACUCAUGGACACCUGUCCUAUCUGCAAGUUGAGCUUCCACAACAGAGAGCCCAAACUCCUGCCGUGUCUGCACUCCUUCUGCAAGAGGUGUCUCCCUGCCCCCUUCAGGAGUGCUGACCCGAGGCGUGACUCGCAAGGUCAAGUCGAAAACAACAAAUCAUUGGGUGCCAUUCGGUGUCCAGUAUGCAGACAAGAAUGCUGGGAGAUGGACAUGCUGGAUAAUUUCUUUGUCAAGGACUCCGCCGAGGUGCCGAGCAGCACUGUGGAGAAAACCAGCCAGGUGUGUAUGAGCUGCGAUGACAACACAGAGGCGACAGGUUACUGCGUGGAGUGUGUGGAGUUUCUGUGUGUGACGUGUAUUGAGGCGCACCAGAGGGUCAAGUUCACCAGGGAUCACACCAUACGCCAGAAGGAGGAGAUGUCUCCAGGUAGUGUGUGUCAUGCGCAAGCAGUAGGUAUCUCUACACAGAAGCCUGUGUUCUGUGACGUCCACAAGCAGGAGCCGCUGAAGCUGUUCUGUGAGACGUGUGACCGACUCACCUGUAGAGACUGUCAGCUGCUGAAGCACAAGGAUCACAACUAUCAGUUUUUGGAGGAUGCGUACAGGAACCACAGGCAGUAUCUGGAGAACAUGACACAACAGUUGCAAGAGAAAAGGAAGGCCAUUGAGGAAGUGUCCAGCUGUAUCAGCACUGGACUCCAGCAAGUUGAAGAAAACCGGAAGGCUGUCACUAAUGAAAUAAAAAAGUCCAUCUGUAACUUGAUCAUGGAGAUCAACAGGAAGGGAAAGAUUCUGGUCAACCAGCUCGAGGCUCUGACGAAAGACCAUGAGCUGGGUUUGAAAAAACAGCAAGACGACGUGAACUCUCUGAGCAGGCACCUGGACCAUGUCAUCAGCUUUACCAAAUGGGCCACAGCCAGCCACAGUGGGACCGCUCUGCUGUAUUGCAAGAGACUGAUCCUUUUUCAGAUUCACUACCUGAUGAGAGCAAGCUGUAACCCCUCCAUCGUCCCUCAGAGUUCCGUUCGCUUUCAGUGUCGCUCUGGUUUCUGGGCCACAAAUGUAGACCUUGGUUCUCUGGUAGUAGAAAGAGGCCCGGGAAGGCCCCCUAUCACCAACCACCAGGCAGGUCCCAGAGCAGAAGCACCCACUGGAACGCUCUCAGUCUCAGCUCAGCAGCGACAGAGCACACUGGCUCAACUCCAGAUGCAGACAUCUGUUAUUCCUCUGUCCAAGGUGGACAAGCUCUCCCAGCAACCCCACAGGCAGCCCCCGCCCAACCACUGGUCCUGGUACCAAAAUGUCAGGCUCCCAGGCCCCCCCGGCCCUCCACCCCCAACCAGACCCAUCCAUGGAGGGUCCUCCCCCUCCCAAGGCCCCCCCAGCAUGGUACAGCCGGGACGCAGAUACAGCAGCUCCCACCCCAACACUAGAAGCCCCACAUCAUCCAUGCUUCACAGUACAGGAUUCCCACCUGCUCAGUCUCUGAGAGAGCUGAUCCAUAGCUCCAACUUCCCUCCUAAACCCAUGGAUGUGUCCCAGGGUACGUCGCGCUACCCACAGCCUUUGUCUGCCGGAGCAGCUACACAGGCAUCACUACAUCAGCGGGGCCUAGCAGAGUCCUCCUUCCUGAAGAGGAGUGAGGCUGGUGGAUCUGUCCCCUCCAUCACCAUCUCUAUUCCCAAACCCACCUUCGCUCCAAGUCUAGCAUCAGCAACUGCAGACAAAACAAGCGCAGUCAAUCACAUAGCAGUUCAAGCAAGGCAGAACUCACCGAUGGCCAAACCGUCUUCUUCAGACAGAAGCACAGGGACGACCACCUGGAGGCCGACUUCUGAGCCUCCAUCCGCCCCCUCAGCCAAGCGACGAAGACGGUCGUCCCCAGGGCCAGUCAUCGUCAUCAAGGAUGAACCAGAGGAUGAGGACGAAGUUCGAUUUGUGCAGUCCAGCCUGCCGGACAGCAGCACCGGGGCUAAGUCAAAGCCUCGGCAGCAGCAGAAGGUGUCCGUCUCAGUCCCAGUCCCGGGAUCGGAGUCAGGGAAAGAGCAGCACCCGCAGCCCGCAGCACAGCCGCAGUCUGAAAAGACAGCAGAGCCGGAGGAAGAUCCGAAUGAGGACUGGUGCGCCGUCUGUCAGAACGGAGGAGAGCUGCUCUGCUGUGACAAGUGUCCCAAAGUUUUUCAUCUGGCCUGCCACAUUCCCGCUCUGAAUGAAUCCCCUAGUGGGGAGUGGUUCUGUUCGCUCUGCCGAGACCUCAACUCGCCUGAGAUGGAGUACGACUGUGACAGCAAGGACGACAAAUUCUCUGAAGGAUUCCCACCUGUUGAAAGAAGGAGGUGUGAGAGGCUGCUCCUACGUCUGUUCUGCAAUGACUUCAGCACUGACUUCCAGGAGCCUGCCACUCCAUCAGAGACAAGAAGGUACAAAGAGCUGAUCAAGACCCCAAUGGAUCUGUCAAUAGUCAAGAAGAGAUUGGAGUCAAAGUCAAAGGACGGUGAAUGUUACGGAGAUCCAGAGGGGUUUGUCGCAGACGUCAGGCUGAUAUUUUUCAACUGUGCAAAGUACUACAAGGCGACGUCAGAGGUGGGGAGCGCCGGGUUGUACUUGGAGGACUACUUUGAGGAACAGUUGAAACUCGUCUACCCAGAUAAGGUCUUCCCUGGAGGGAGGGAAGAGCAGAUGAUCCCCCCUUUGGAGGACGAGAUAGACGAAGAGGAAGAGAUGAUGGACGAAGGCAUGGCUCCCAUCGAUGACGAUAAACCGCAGAGUCCUGCAGAAAAAGGAAUCCCCCCUGUGGAGGAAGACUUGCCUCCUCUGGAAGAGGCGACAGCCCUGGCAGAGGAGGAAAAGUUAGAAACGGAGGAGAAGGCGACGGAUGCCAGUGAAAAAGGGAUGGAUGAGGAGGCAGCAGCUGCUGAGGGAGAAGUGCUUCCUGCAGAGGGGGCGAAGCAGGACAAGGAGACUCCUGUGAAGGACACGGAGAGCUCUCCAGAUGCUGAUAACAAAACAAGAGACAAAGUAGCUCCCAGCUCCCCGAAAGAGGAGAGCCAACAGCUCCCUACGGACACGACUGUGGAUCUGCCUGAAGCCCAGGAGAAGGAGUCAGCUCCUCCUGAGCCAGCCAAAGAGGAGGAGGAGGGAUAGACGAGGGAGAGAAACUGUAGACAAGAUGGAUGAUUUCAGUCUUCCACAGAAGUGGCCCCAGUGGGGACCGACAUUUGCUGCAAUCAGACAAUUUUUUCUAACAUGUUAUAUUUGCAAUAGGAAAAAUGUACUGCUUUACUAAAUACGUAUUUAGUAGCAGUCAUGCUGUAGAUGCACAACAAAGGGAGUAAAUAAGCUUUUUUAGUGUGUUUUUGCUGGACAGAAGUUACAAUUUUACUGUAACAUAGAACGUUAUUUUCUGUGACGACGACACCGAAAAGCACACAAACGAUAUUCUGUGUUGAUAGGAUCAUAUGUAAGUUAUUAUCAUCAAGAUAAGAAAACAAGAUUUGGGAUUAGUAAUGCAUGCAAGACGUCUUAAUAUAGAUAGUAACACCUCCAUUUUUGUGUUCAUAGUCUUUGGCUAACUUGUACUAGCCAUUUAACUCUUAAACAAAUGGUUUUACUGCAAUAGUGUACUUUUUUAUUUUAUUAGUAUUGUAUUAAUGCUAUGUAUGCAACAUAUAAGGCUGCUGUAUGUAAAAAAUGGCAUUAAUAAUGUGCUGCUUAGUUGUUUAAUAACAAAAAUGAAUUGCCACGACUGUGAUUUAAUUCGUGAUGCCAGUUUGAGGCCUCUUAUCCCCCCAAAUCCCAACAAUGUUUUAUCAUACAGCAGCCUUGUUGGUUUUUAUCAGAACAAUUCCUCAGACUGUACUGUUAUCACUCUUAGAUAACACGGAGACAUGAUUAUCACUUUCUCAUCAUGAGCCUCUGACAACGACGCUUUUUCCCAAACUGUGUCCUUGCCCUUCUACAGCAUGAUUACUUUUACUUAAGAUAAAGCCUUAUUGUUUCAGCAAGAAGAAAAUUCCUCUUUCAGUUCACUAAACCCUCCUGUAUGGCCAUCAGCUCAUUUGAGGAGAGACGAGUUAGUACAAAACUUGACACUUCAGCUUCAAUAUUGAGAAUUUUGUACAAUAUCAUUGCUUUUAUUAUUUAUUGAAGAUACACAGGACCUGUAAAUGAACUCUGCGAACAAUGUUGAGCAUUAAAAAAUUCCUGCAUUUACAAUAUUUGUAAUAAACAGGGUUAGAUGUAGAUCUGACUUUUGCUUUGCUCCCA